UUCCAUCGAGUGUUGAGUAUUGUUAGUCAGAGUUCACUGUGUCUCACGAUAUAGGAAAAGAUAAUAUCAUGAUUACUGAUAAUACCAUAAUAGUAUAAUACUUUUAGACGGAUCAUAAUAUUGUUAUUAUACUUCACAGUUCACUCUCCAUCUUAAAUCAGCUGACUAUAUUAUAGAAUAAUAAUGUGACUUUCGUAUUAAGUAAUAAGUAUUAACUUUUGAGAACUCAUCGGUAAACAUUAAAGGCCUAACGUAACAUCAUACAUAUUUUUUUUGUUUUUUUUUUUUUUAUAUAUAUUUAAACUUCAAGUGAUUUUAUUAUCCAUAAUGUAUGCCAAUCCUGAAACCCUUAAAGAUUUGUGCAUUGACUAUGUCUGCGACAACAUAGAAAAACUUUAUAUGGCUGAACAAAUAAGUGAGACUGACUUACAGCCUUCUGAACCUGAGUAUAUGUUUAUUGACAGAAAUGUAUACUUGCCAAUGGAGGUUUCAGAGGUGUUGUUGACAAAACUUAGUGUACGGAAUAAACUUAAUGAUGAAAUAUUAUCACUAUUCAGUAAUAAAAAUGUCUAUUUGAGGAAUGUCAUACUACCAAAAACAAAAAAUUUAACCACAAAAGGACUAAGAACAUUAAAAAAGCAUAAAAUUAAGAAACUAAAAGUUUAUGGUUUGGAUUGUACAGUAAAUGAACUUGUUGGUUCAUUAGGUGAAUGGACAACACAGAAUUUAGAAUCAUUAUGUGUAUCAAAUAGUUCAUUCAUUAGUGAUUCUUAUGAUUUGAGAUUUUGUGUUGCUGUCUCAUUAUCAAAAUUAAAAAACCUUUGUUCACUUGAUGUCAGUAAUACUGAGUUUAGUACCAACAAUUUAAUUGCUGUAGUUGAAGAUUUGCCUCUUUUGGAGUCAUUAGAUAUUUCUAAUACAAAAGUUGACACACUUUUACCAUUGGGAAAGAAGAAAAACCAAUUAAGAAAAUUGAGUGUAUACAAUUUAAAGGAAGCUACAAUGCAUUUGAUUGCCUUCAGUCCACUUAAAAGUAUGACAUCGUUGACACAUUUAGAUUUAUCAUCUGAAAAAUAUUCUCACCCGUUUGAGAAUUUUAGCUGUGAUACACCUUGGUUACAAUUUUUGACUGAUCCCGAUUGGUUACCCAAUUUAGUUUCAUUGGAUAUAUCUGGAAGCGAUAAUGUUGGUCCAAGAAUCAUGCAAGAUUUUUUAACUACUCAUAAAAAACUAAGAUUUUUAGGUUUAAUGCAUAUGGAUGAUUGUGGUUUGGCUAUGUUCACUGUCCCGACUCAUCCAUUAUAUAAUCCAGACUUGGUGGUUACUGGUGUUGUGACACAAGAGCAAUUAUUGACCGGUUUAAAGCGUUACACAAAACGUCCAACAUAUAUUCAAAAAUGUCUUUACCAUUUGUUUAAAUGGACUGAAAAAUAUAACUGCCCUAAAGUUGACAUUAUCCAAUUAAUUUUAAAUGUGAUGAACUGUCUUCCUGACAGUUUCCCAGUACAAAUGGCAGCAACUGCUUGUCUUUAUAAUUUAACCAAGAGUGAUCUAGCCUUAAACAUACAUCCUAGUGUUUUGGCUAAAGUAGUAGAAGCAACAUUAGAUGCCAUGGAACGUUUUCCUAAUCAUAACCAGUUACAGAAAAAUACACUAUUGACAUUAUGUAGUGAUCGUAUACUUCAAGAUGUGAAAAUGGAUAAGUUCAGGUGUGCAAAAUUAGUCUUGGAUUCAUUACAUUUUUUCAAUGAUAUUGUCAUGAACCGUAUGAGUGUUGCAAUCUGCAGUAUAUUAGCUGCAAAAAUUUCUACGUCUGAAACCUCUCAAUUAGGAUCUAACCCAAGAUAUAUGGCCAAAUUGUUAUCAAUAGUAUUUGAAAAACUAUCAACUCGAACUGUUGAUGUGACUAUGAAGUUCACACUUAGUGCACUUUGGAAUCUUACGGAUGAAUCCCCUACAACAUGCAAAGUUUUCAUUGAUGAAGGAGGGUUAGCAUUAUAUAUGAAUAUAUUAAAUACAUUUAUUGAUGACAGUACUGUAGAAACUAAAGUACUUGGUUUAGUAAACAAUAUUGCUGAAGUACCACAUUUGAGAAAUAUGUUAUUCAGUAAUGAUAUUAUUCCUACUCUAAGACGUUUAUUACGGUCAGAACAAAUUGACGUAAGCUAUUUUGCGGCUGGAAUAAUUGCUCAUUUAGCUUGUGAACCUAGUUGGGAAACAUUUACUGUGAAUAGUAAAGCUGAAGUUUUGGAAGAACUACGAUAUGCUGUUAAACAAUGGGUACCGCCUGAGGGAGAAAUGGUUGCAUACAGAUCUUUCCAGCCUUUUAUUGGGCUACUAAAAUCAACCAACACACCACAGGUUCAGCUUUGGGCUGCAUGGGCAAUACUUCAUGUUUGUACUAAAAAUGCUAAAAAAUAUUGUGCAAUGCUUAAUAAAGAAAAUGGUGUUGAUAUUCUUCAACAAAUUGCUUUGGAUAAAGCAGUCGAUCAUGAAGUGUGUGAAUUAUGCUAUGGUAUAUUAGACUUGAUGAAUGAAUUUAGGAAAGUUUCUAAUCCAGUACAACAAAUUGAUACAUUUUAGUCAUUUAUCUUACUUGCUAUAUUCCUUUAAAUUAACAAUAGUAUUUAUUUUAUUAUUUUUCUUGUUAUAUCUUUAACUAUUAUUGUGAUUUUAAUUAUUUCUUAAUUUUUAUUCUUUAAAUAUUGUAACAUUUUCUAUUAAAAUUGAUAAAAAAAAAAAAAACACUGAAUUAAAACUUGUUUAAUAUAUUUUACUAGUUAUAAUAUGUAUUAUAUGUAUUUAUACAUAAAUUACUGAAAUUAGUACCCAGAAUGAAUUUGACCAUUCGGGCCUUCAGAUUUACUAAAUAUCUAUCUAAAAAUCAUAUCUGAAAAAAAUAUCUAUGCUUUUAUCGAUACUUACUUUAUACUUCUAAUAUUUCAGCAAUCUAAUAAAUCUGUAAAACUUUUGGGGUUAUUUCUUUAAUUUUUAAAAUUAUGAAUGUAUAAUAUUAAGAAAUUUAAAAGUUCACUUUGAAACAUAUUUUUUCAAGUAGGUAACUGUUAUUUAAUGUAUUUAAAUCUUGAGCUUAAAAAAAACUUUCAGUAUUUAGUAAUCUAUUAAAUAUCAUAAUUAUGAUUCCAUUAUCAAUUAGUUUUAAUAUGAAUAGGAUUCUUUAAUAUGAUAUAAUAAUCAGACAAUUGAAUACAAUCUAUAAAGUAAGCUGAAUAAUUGAAAUUAGAAUUUUAUUAAAUCAAUGAACCAAUUUUAUUCAAAGUGUUUUUUAAAAUGUCAAGGUUGAAAAGUAAAAAUUCUUAUUUAGGAUCAGUUUAAAUACCAUAAAAUGUAUUCCAAUGUGUCUUAUUAAUUUUAUGAGCUAAUUAUGUAUUUUUAUUGUGUAAAAACACAGUAAAUAACAAUUUAAAAUUUAUAAAAAUACUAUUAUAAUUUCAAAAAUAAUAGAUUUUUAUCUGUUCUAAUUUAAAUAAUAUUCAAAUAUUGCACCUAGUAACAAUAUAAUAAUAUUCAAUUUAAAAAAAAUGAAGAUAGAUGGUAUAUUUUUAAAUGAUUUCUGACUUCAAGUUUUUAUUAACUCAAUGAAUUUAGUGUCUUACAUCGAUUAAAACAUCUAAAAACAAAUUUGUUUUAUAAUAUACACUGUUUAAUAUACCAGUACUUGUGACAAAUAUAUUUUUAGUAAUAUAGUACUUAUAUUUUUUUGUAAUUUAAAAUUUUUACAAUAUAUUUGAGUAAAAAAUAACUAGGUUUUUCAAAUUUUUUAUUCAUUGAAUUAAAUUGUAUGUGAAGUAUAAAACUAACUUCAGAACAGUUAAUAUUCUUAAAUCAUAUCUAUAGUUAAAAUUGACAAUUAUUAUUUUUUUAUAAACCAUUAACUCCAUGAUUUUAAUAGUAGUUAAGUCAUUAUCAAUAAUACAUACUUUGUAUUUAAUAUUAUUAUUAUAGUUUGGUUCUCAUAAUAUUUUAAAAUACCAAGAUUGAGAUUAUAUUAUAGUCAUCUCAUCAUAAAUAAUAGUUUUUAAUCAGACGAGAAUGUUGAGUAACUGAUAUUGUUUAAUUAUACAUACCAAAAAUGUUGUGAUAGUAGUUCACUUUUUAAUAAAUAGUAAAAAAAGUAUAAUCUGAUUUUUUAAAGUUAUUAAAUAUAUUUAAAACUAGAUUAAAAACUCAAUUUUCACUUAUUUAUAAUUUUAAAUAAUAAAUUCCAAAAAUAACUAAUUCAUCUGUUUUUAAUCGCAAUUUAUUAAUUAUAACUUUUAUAUUUAUAUAUAUAUAUAUAUAAAUAUAUAUAUCUAUAUGUAUAUAGCUAUACAUUGCACUAUCUGAGGCCUGAGCACAUAAAUAAUACAAUCCUCAUUAAAAUGCAAGCAAUUGUUUAAUAUUAAUAUGUUUAUUUGUUAGACAGUCUUAGAAUGAGGACUCAAAUUUUUAAUCAUUUCGAUCUCUAUAAUAUUAAUUAAUUAUUAUAAUAAAUGUAUUAAAGUAUUUUAAGCAGUAUUUUUUUAUAUUAUUUGUAUUGGGUUAUACAUGUUAAUAAUGCAAAAUUAAAAUAUAAUUUUCUCAUCUUAAUAAUAUUAUUCAUUGCAUCAUAAUACAUACAAAUAUGAAUAUGGACAUUAAACCUAGUUGAAAUUCAUAGUUAUAAUGUUAAACUAUCAAAAAUAUCCUAUAUUUUUAUGUAACCUAUCGUUAGUUGAAUCUUAUUAAGUAAUAAUAAAUAUUAUAUUUAAUUUGAAAUUGUAAUACAAUAAUUAUAUUGUAUUUUGAUAUGUGUUUUAUUUAUUACAAAAACAUUUAAUAAUGAUUUAAUAUAAUUAUGGUAAGGAAUAUUUGUCGCAGUAUAGUCUAUUUUUGGUAAUUUUCCCCUGGAUUUAAUUAAUGUAUUAAUAUUAUUUCAAUAAAGUUAUAUAACCUCUUAAAGUUUUUUAGUACUUAUAAACACAAAUCAUUGAGAUUUGAUAAGUAAACAAUUAUUUAAAUAUUUUUUAAACAUUUACAUGCCAGACUUUUGUAUACAAAGCCUUUUACUACUUAUAUUCAUUUUUUUUAACUUUAAUUCAGAUUAUAUUUUCUAAGAUACGAAACUUUGAAGCUAGAAUGUAGUACUAAAUAUUUUUUAAUUUAUCUAGUAACUAAUAUUUAAAAAUUUAAAUUUUAUUUAUGAUAUUGAAUUUAAUAAUUCAUUACAUAUUUACAAAUAGUAAUAAAAAUAUAUUUUUUUUAUGUUAAUACUUAAUUUUCUUUAUUUAAUUGAAUUAUUGAUUAUCUGCCUACAGUUAAUAUAUCUAAUACCAUCAAUAUUUUGCCUAAUAACUUAUUAAUGUAACUAUUCAUUUUUUUCUUUACCUAUUACCCAACCUACUUAUUUGCAACUGAAUGGAAUUAUGAUUAUAUGUAAUUAUAACAAUGGCAAAGGAAAUCCAUAAACAAUCAUAUUCAUUGUUAUUUUCUUAGUUUCCUUAAGAUAAGUUCAGUAUUAGGCAAACUGUAAACAUACAAUAACAAUAGGUAUUGAUAGUUGUAUAUUAAAAAUUAUAAUAAUUAUAUUAGUAUUUGAAUGUUUACUGUUUAUAUAAAUAACAUUUAAUUUUUGAUUGUACAGUGUUUUUAUUUUGUUGAAAUAUAUGUAUAUUAUAAAAUGAAUAUAUUUAUUACUGGGUACCUAUGCAUAGCAUAUACCUGUGUAUAGAAAUUAACUUUAAGAUUAUUUUUUGAUUUAUGUGAAUCAUUAGGAAAAUUGAAUUGUAUCAUCAUCAUAUGUUUUAUGUGUAUUAUAUUUGUAAAAUAAAAUUAUUUUGUCAAUGUGAA